AUGACAAAUCCCUCACGACCACGCCUCCUCCUCCUCCUCGGCUCCGGCCCCGGAAUCGGCGUCUCCGUCGCAUCCCGCUUUGCCCGAUCACACUUCUCCGCCGUAGCUCUAAUCGCACGGAACGCAGAGCAGCUAUCCAAAGACCGCGCCGCGGUUCUGGCUGCUGCGGCGGAUGCAGGUCGUCAGGUCGAGGUUCGCACGUGGCAAACCGACGUUUCUGAACUGGAGUUGUUGGAGAAGACCCUGCGCGAGGUGGAGGCGUUUGGAAGCGUCGAGUGUGUGUAUUUCAACGCUGCGCGCGUGGCGCCCAGUCCGUUGUUGGAGUUUCCUGUGGAGGGGAUCGAGGCGGAUUUCCGGGUCUCCGCUCUCGCGCUCUAUACAACAGCCCGCUGGGCGAUGCCCCUCCUCCUCAAGAACAACUCACACCCCGAAGACUGGGCCCCCGCAUUCCUAGUAACAAGCAGCCUCCUCCCCGCGUCCCCGUUCCCCGACUGGUUCGCCCUCUCCAUGACAAAAGCCGCCCAGGCGAAUCUCGUCAAGUCGCUUGAACAGGUUUUCUCGCCACAGGGGGUCCAUGUUGGACUUGUCGUUGUGUGGGGUAUCGUCUCGACGGACUCGGCAGGGUUGAAUCCGGGACAUAUUGCGGAGCAGGCGUGGAAGCUUUAUUCGCAGAAGAGAGAGGAGUGGACGAGCCAGGUGACGAUUUAUGAUGACGGACGGGUGCAGUGGGAGGAUACGAUUUAG